CUUUAUUUUUCUGGAUGAGCCAUAGCUGACUUAUGCAACGAAAUUAACCCACCAUGCAUUUUCCCAUCUCUUUAAAUACCUUUGCAAACUACAAUACUUGAUCAUCCUAAGUAAGCAUUUCUUCCUCAUUUGAGAUCCCUACUGCACACAACCAGCUAUUCCAAUCAGAACUUUUGCACCAUGGCAAACAUGAAAUUCUCUCUUCAAGAGCUUGUCGCUGGAAUGCCAAUCCGUUCAGCAGCAUACAGAGUUGAUAGGGCACCUAAGAGAUACUUGACUGAUUCUGCUUGUCAAUACCGUAUUCCAUCACUCGAGGGUGCUGCAGAUUCUAAAAGGAAGAACAAGAUUGGUAAAAAAGGACAUAGUUUUGUGCAUGGAUUUAGAGAGCAUGUGAGACAUGGACCCAAGAUCUCUGAAACUGUGAAGGGGAAGUUGAGCUUGGGGGCUAGAAUUCUUAAAGUAGGUGGUGUGGAGAAAGUCUUCAAGCGGUUCUUCAGUGUAAAAGAAGGAGAGAAAUUGCUGAAGGUUUCCCAAUGCUAUUUAUCGACUACAGCAGGUCCUAUUGCAGGCCAACUAUUUAUCUCCACGGAAAAGGUUGCAUUCUGCAGUGAGAGAUCAAUGAAAAUCUCCUCUCCAGAUGGAGACAUGAAAAGGAUCCAUUACAAGGUCUUGAUUCCACUGAGGAAGAUAGAGAGAGUUAAUCAAAGCGAGAAUGUGAAGAAACCUUCAGAAAAGUACAUGGAAAUAGUUACGGUGGACAAUUUUGACUUCUGGUUUAUGGGCUUCUUAAAUUAUAAGAAAGCUUUCAACUAUCUUCAGGAAGCAAUUUCACAAGCUUGAGAGGAAUUGGGUAGUCACUCUAGAAGCAGAUGGGAAUGGAAAUGCUCAUUCCCAUCUGCUUCUUACAUAUGUACAGCUACGAAAUCUCUCGUUACAGCUUAUCCACAAACCCUGACUCGAUAGAUUCAGAAAGAAUGCUACCCUUUACAAUGCUAUGUCAGAAGAGGACUCUGAUGAAAAGGGCGACCGUAAAGAAGCCAGAACGACCACAGAGACAAGAUGGGGGACAGGUAUUCUAAUCCUUCAGAGCCUAUGCUUAGCGGCUAUGGCAGCCAGUCUAGAGCGGCUUCAGGCAGAGUUUCAACUAAAAAUGUGUUCAGAGAUCUUCAAUGGCGAGCUCGAAAAUAGGGUAGGAGGCAGAGGAGGCUGAAAAUGAAGGGAGGAAGGGAAAACUGUUAGAAAAUAAAACAGUGAAAAAGAGGGAAGAGAGGUUCCAUCUUCACUGGUUGCAAACCUCAAGUUCACUUUUUGACAAGCAAACAUUGUUAUGUGAAUUUGUUUACUUCCAAUUUCAUUUUGUACUCUCCAAGUUUCCCUUGUAACGAGAAGGGAUUUUUAAAAAUUCUCACUCUUUUGUUUCUGAA